CGCCUGCGCCUGCGUGUGUGUGAGUGAGUUAAGUCAAGUGUGCGUCAAGUGGAUAUCGCGCGCGCGGCGCGGUGCAGCGAAACGGCGUACAUUCACCAUUCGUUUCUCUUUUCCACCGUCCCUCCUCAGCGGCGAUGCGACUCAAGUUGAGUCAAGUUGGUCGAUGUGUCUCACCGCUCACUGCUUCAGUCAGUGCUCAGUGUGGAAUGCGUCUCAGUGCUGUGCGCAUCGGGUACGUGCAGAUAAAAGUAACGCAAAGACUAAGAUCUAUUCGUGUGUGUGACUUUCUAGUGUUUGCAGAAUGUUCUAGCCGCUUAAUUCGGCGGAAAACUUAGUUUGCACUUUGUUAUUUUGCCGUUAUACGUCGCUAAUGGAUUAAACACACGCUGGGUGGUGAUACAUCACUCGGAGAGGGAUAUAUUUACAUCUUAGGCUCAAGUUAGGACUUAACCCUAAUCAUGAGUUCGUCGAUCAUCUGUCAAAACUUCGUGCAGAACGCAUGGAAGAAAGAAUUGUGCAGUAAUUGCUUCAAAUCCAAGGAUGAACAUCGCAAAAUGGCUGCGAAUGGACCAAUGUCAGCGACUAGCGCCAUCGCCGCCAUGUUGAAAACCACCGCGAAUAAUAAUCUGAAUAAUCUCCGCAAUAAAACGAAUGAAAAAUCCACAGAUGUGAAGUGUGAGCAACCAGUUAUACUCGAAAGUGAAAACAAAACGAAAACGAAAAGUAUUAUCAAGUCCACAACGAAAAAGACUAAACGCACGGUGAAUUUUAAGGUUAAACUAGCGCAGGUGAUAGGUUAUGGUGGUGAGGACUGGUCUGAAGAGGAAGAAGAUGUGGUUGCAUACGAAGAAUCACCUGAACCUGAUACACCCACAGAGGAAGAGAAAGAAUUGAAUCGUUUAACGAAGUUAAACACUGAUUUCAACACGAAUCUAACCUCGAAAAAGCUACAGUUGGGUAAACCGCUUGUUGAUGCCGAAGGUAAGAAGCAAACUUUAUUAGUGCAAGUGACACCUUUCGGUCAGGAGGCGAAAGAUUCAACUGUCAAGCAACUGUGCAAUAAGUUUAUAAAACAGAAUACUUUAGAGGUUAAGAAGGAUGUGACAGAUCACACUGUCAAAAAUUUACCUGUUACUACUAUCACGUCAACUGUCAAAGACGAUAAUGAGAAAUUUAAAGAAGUAACUGAAGAAUUUAACGCGUUAAACGACACGAAAGUCUUAACAGUUGAUAAAACCGAUAUAGAAAAGUCUUUGUUGGAUGAAAUCACUGAAACUUUAGAAAAAUCAAAGAUUUCUGUGAAUCCUACAAAGAAAAUCGUGCAAAAAGAGAUUAUAUUGAAAGCCGCAACCACUCAAGCACCUAAAGCGCCAUCUAUCACCAAACUAUCACGAAACCCAGCUAUCAAAGAGAAGAAAACCUAUCAAUCGAGCAAAUCACUCAAUUUAAUCAUUGAUAACAAAGAAACUAAUAAAAACAACUACGAAGAUAAAGAUUCAGCAAAUGGCGGAUCAAGUCUUGACGAUUCCAGCUCACAUUGCGGAUCGGAAGACUCCAACAGUGAUUCCAGCUUAAAUAUCCCCAGUAGGGAGUUAGUUGGUGAACCUGACGGUAGAGCAGAGUCAGAUGGUACGGAUGAACCAAUCCCAGCGUUGCCUGUUGCCCCGCCUCCAGCAACACAACCUCAAACACCAAUAUCCCCAGAAAAGCCUAAAAUCCCAACGAAACCAUCGACCAUUUUGAUUCGUAAACCUCCAUCGAUAAUGGCGGUCAAUCAAGUGAUUCUAUCGACUUUUUCUAAGCAAGCAACGCCAUCUACAGGCACUAGUGUACCAGGAGUAUACACAAGUCACGCCCCUUUGCAAAAACACGACUCUAAUGGAUCUGAUAUAUCAAAGAAACGUAAAGCGCCGAAACCUCCACAGGAAGAAACGUCAAACACGAUUUACAUGCGUAAACCCACACAGGUUACGAAUAAUGACUGUCCUGUUGUGAGGGAAAAAGAAAAACGUGAAAGGGCGUCAUCCUGCACUCCGAAGACGUUUGUAGGAGUGAUUGGACCUGAACCUUCUCCAAGACGUUCAUUAUCUUUGUCUACGGAUAGUUUGGUAUCGAAUUGUGAUGAGAAAAAGAAGAGGGGGAAGUUUUCGUUGAAGAAAUUCCUGCGCAUGGGCGGGACUAAUGUAAGUGGGGGUAAAAUUAAGUCUGAAGAAGAAAAACCACUGCCUAAACCACGUCUGGUGAUUGUCCAUCCUCUAGACAUGAAAAACAACGAGAAAACAGCCGAAAAAGAAAUGGAACAGGAAUAUGUCAAUACCAGUUUCCUCAAAGAGCAGAUUCAACAAAGGGAUAACCCUAGACCUCCUCCCCCACCAAGGAAUUAUGAAAACUAUGAGAAACCUGAUAAAUUACCACCGAAAACUCAGAUUAAAACUUUACCAGCUCCCAAAAACCCGUGGAGUGUCUAUGCUAACAUAGGUGAGGUUAGGAAUGCUAUCACUCCGAAUAAACCUCAACGCACUGCUAGUAUGCGUGAGCUCAAAGAUGGCGUCGUUGUAAACACCAGUAGGAAUGCCUAUGAACCUGUAACGCCAUCUAACGGCGAUAAAUCUACUAAAACUAAAGAAAGAGAAGAGCAUGUUUAUGAUUAUAUCGGAAAUAGGUCCAGUUCCCCGGAAUGUGAUUCCAAAGCGAAUGUUAAGAUAACUCCACAUGCGCAUGCGCAAAAUGGCGGCAUGUCCAGAUCAGUCUCAAUGACAUAUUGCGGCAGUGAAACCGAAUCGGAGAUUUAUUCGCCCUAUAGUUACUACGGGAGCGAAUCUGAGGUCGCCGAAGACGAGCAGGAAUGCUGUUAUGGUAACGGCCUUGGCAGUACAGGCCGCACGCACAAACUACGAUCGAAAAAGGGCCGGAGUAUUGUGCAUAAGAACCUUGAGGAUAAUUAUGGUGCUGUUGUGGUUGCCAAUCACGAGGCGCUUGCGCAAGUACUGGAAAACAUUCAGCAAACAAUUCACGUCCCAUUGCAACUACGUGCGUUGAAAACCACCGAAAAUCUACGUUGGAAUGAUUUUAUUUUGAGGACACCACACAUACCAGUCAUCAUUGGCAACUGUUCUUUUCAUCAAGCAUCUUGGAACCUACAGAAUGUCACUCUAAUGAUAACUAUUGUCCCGAAUUCACCAAGUUGUUCACUGGGGACGUUAAUUCUGCAACCUGUGACGGAAUUUUCGGAUUUAGUACCGCCAUCUGUCUUGCAACAAACAAAGCUUGAUCUGCCACUUCAAGCGACUGUUUCUGUCUUGCCUCAUCUACAAAUCAACUCAAUUCCUACGAUUGGUGAGGUGUUGAAAGCAGGAAAAUCAUUGGAUAAUGCAGAAAUGCAUAAAGCUUCUACUGUUUUAUUACUACAGUUGGUUAAUAGUCUUAAAACCCUGCAGGCUCAAGGUGUUGAAGAACUCCCACUGAAUCUAAACAGUUUUGUGUUGGCUAAAGACGUAGAGAAACAAGAGACACAUUCAAGGUUAUAUAUUCUGCAUCCGAAUGAAGAUGCACGACAGGAGUUAGGUACACUAUGUUUGGUUGUACUGAAAGCAAUGGAUUUGUUGCCCAUGGACGCCAUUUUGAAGAAACUGAUUCAUUCGUUGUUAACCACUGAGAGGGCUGUUACCCUGUCUCAAGUGAAAUCUGUUUUGGAGUUUUCUCUCUGGGGACCAUCGGAUGUGGCUCUUGGGAGUACAGCUUCUGAACGGGAGUUUAUUCUGCAGAGAUGGUUGGAUUUACAGCGUGCGACGGUGUUGCAUGGGUUGGUGUGUGCGAAGGUGCAGUUGACUGUGUAUGAGGAAUGCCAUUUGCUGUGUUUGGUGCGCAGCAAUGCCAAGAUGAUGUGCGAUGCGUCGCUGUUGCUGGAAUCGGUGCGGUGCAAAUGAUUAUCUUAUUGAUUUUAUUGAUAUUGAAUAUUUUGUAUAUAUUAUUAUGGAUAUGUAUGGUUAUGUUGUGCGGAUGCUAAUGGCGGCGUUCUAGAGUUAUGAGAUGUGUGCGGAUGUUGUUGUAUCUUUUUAAAGUUGUAUUAUUUGUACACGAUGGAAUAAAUAUUUAAAUUUGA